GGCUAGUCUCCCUAGAACAACCUCACGGCAGCAUCCCCCCUUCGGUUCUCGGUCCUUGGAGCCAAAACCCCUUUGGAUCUAAUCCUUCAUAAUGGGCGUUGGCCGUGAAGUUUCCAUCUCACUCGAUGGCGUAAGGGACAAGAACAUAAUGCAACUCCGGAAGCUCAAUAUAGCUCUUUUCCCUGUUCGAUACAAUGACAAAUACUAUGCCGAUGCCCUUGCUUCUGGCGAAUUUACGAAACUAGCUUACUAUAGUGACAUAUGUGUUGGUGCAAUAGCAUGCCGGCUAGAGAAGAAGGAUGGUGGGGCAGUUCGGGUUUACAUCAUGACUUUAGGUGUGCUUGCACCUUAUCGUGGACAUGGCAUUGGGACAAGGCUGCUGAAUCAUGUUCUUGAUCUUUGUUCCAAGCAAAAUAUUUCAGAGGUCUACUUGCAUGUGCAGACCAACAAUGAUGAGGCUAUAAACUUUUAUAAAAGAUUCGGGUUUGAAAUCACAGAAACUAUUCAGAACUAUUAUACAAACAUCACACCUCCAGACUGCUAUGUUGUCACCAAGCUAAUCGCUUCAAGCUCAACAAAGAAAUAACAGUUCAGCCUUCAGAUCCAAUUAUUUUGGAGGAAGUCAUUAAACAUGAUUGCAUUAUUUAUGAUACUUCUCCAUGCAUGUAUCCUACUAGAGUUUUAUAAUUUCUGUUUCUAGAUGAUAAAUCGUUGAGUUAGCACAAAUGAGAAGCAUUGGGAGAUCUUAAUGGGAGAUAAGCCACUAUUGCGUGGUGUUAUUCCUGCCCCCUACCUGCCUCCCCCCCCCCCCCCCAAAAUCAUGUAUAACGUGUACCAGAGUUUCUUGCACCUUGGAAGUUUUCAUGGUGAGUUGAGGCCAUUAAUUGCAUUUGGAAAAUGAAAAAAAAAAAGAAUUUUCUUA